GGGGAGGCCGCGCAAACGUCCGGACGGCCACCACGGAAACGGCCGUGGCAGCGCCGAGGUGCUCAGACCUACCGCCGCUGGCGCUCGGGGCAGGAGCCUUCUCCAGCAGUGACACGUGGGCGGGGUUUCCAGCAAAGAAGGGAAAUCUGUGGUUCCUUGAGAUGGCCUGAUAUGAAGGAGUCACACGUCCUGCCUCCCCGAGCUGCCCUGUGGCUACCUUGUCCUUCAAGUGCAGGAGCUGGCUGAAAUGUCGGGAAUGGAAGCUAAUGUGACUAUUCCAAUCUGGCAAAACAAACCACAUGGGGCUGCUCGAAGUGUAGUGAGAAGAAUUGGGACCAACCUUCCCCUGAAACCAUGUCCCCGGGCAUCGUUUGAGACCCUGCCCAACAUCUCUGACCUGUGCAUGAGAGAUGUGCCCCCAGUCCCUACUCUGGCAGACGUUGCCUGGAUUGCUGCAGAUGAAGAGGAGACAUAUGCCCGGGUCAGGAGUGAUACACGGCCCCUGAGGCAUACCUGGAAGCCCAGUCCUCUGAUUGUCAUGCAGCGCAAUGCCUCUGUGCCCAACCUGCGUGGGUCUGAGGAGAGGCUCCUGGCCUUGAAGAAACCAGCCCUGCCAGCCCUAAGCCGCACCACUGAGCUGCAGGAUGAGCUGAGCCACCUGCGCAGCCAGAUUGCCAAGAUAGUAGCAGCUGAUGCAGCUUCGGCUUCAUUAACGCCAGAUUUCUUAUCUCCAGGAAGUUCAAAUGUCUCUUCUCCCUUACCUUGUUUUGGAUCCUCAUUCCACUCUACAACUUCCUUUGUCAUUAGUGACAUCACCGAGGAGACCGAGGUAGAGGUCCCUGAGCUUCCAUCAGUCCCCCUGCUUUGUUCUGCCAGCCCUGAAUGUUGUAAACCAGAACACAAAGCUACCUGCAGCUCGUCUGAAGAGGAUGACUGCAUCUCUCUGUCCAAGGCCAGCAGCUUUGCAGACAUGAUGGGUAUCCUGAAGGACUUUCACCGGAUAAAACAGAGCCAAGAUCUGACCCGGAGUUUAAUGAAGGAGGAAGACCCUGCUGUGCUUAUCUCUGAGGUCCUAAGGAGGAAGUUUGCUUUGAAGGAAGAAGAUAUCAGUAGAAAAGGAAACUGAUGGCACUCCACUCUGCAAACUCAGUCUCAUGCUCCUGGAAUUCCUUCAAUAGCUGCCUUCCUCACCACAGAUGUUUCUGCCUCUCAAUACAGUCUUGCUGACAAGCUAGAUCUUGGGCUGAAAGAGAAGAGCUGGAUUAUAUGUUUUCCAUUUGAGCUGAGACACUUGUUUCAGGUAGUUGUAAUAUGGUGGAGUCUCAGCUUAAGGGGAAUGAAAGAAGUUUGUUUUUCCUUGUCCCCGUGUGAAAAUAGGACCUAAAUGAAUGAAUGACUUCACUGCAUUAGACCCCAUAACUGGUCUCACCAGACACUUUGUGCCAGCUGUCACUUACUCUCAGCAGCUUUCUUGCAGCAGAGCAGGGCUGAGGGGAAGGGGCUACAAGUGUUUAUGUACAUGUUCACAGGGCAGGGAAGAUCUUAUGCUGCUCCAUCAUAAACCUACACCAAUGCCCAGCAGUCACACCUUCCCUGUCUAGAUGUAGAGUUCAGGCCACUGGUAUAGCCAAGACUUGGGCUGCUAUUGGGAGGCCUAGGCUAUUUUUUCUUAAACAUGUUUUAUAAUACUGUACAACCAAAUCUACCCUCCAAGGCCCUGAGGCCUCAUCACUUCCACCGACUGAAAACUUUUCUUCCACGGACUCUAGUAAGUCCAGUAGUUAAGAGAAAUGGGGAGGGGAAAGAGCAUACCAUCCUUUUAGGCCCUUGGCUGACUAUUCCAUUGAAUUGGGCCAAGGUACAUACUUAACUGCAUCAUGCAUGCAUGACUCAGAUGCCUUCGGGGCCCUUUCUCUAGGUAUGUAUACUGUGUGUGUUUGGGUUGAAACACUAGCUGAUAUUAAAUGAAGGAUUUGGAGAAAUAGUA